GCGGCCUUUGCGCGCAUGGGCAUCCACCAGGAUGCCCUGGAAGCCGUGACCCGUGCCGGCCACCACGUGACCUACGUGGUGGUCGGGCGCGAUUCCGAGGCCGUCGCGAAAAAGCUGGGCCAGGCGGUUACUGGCGAAGUCCGGCGCGGUCUCCACGCUAAAGACCCGGACCACGCGCAGGGAUUCGGCUACGACUACGGCCCUAGGGAUCUGCCAGGACUGAAGUCGUCAGCGUUGAAAUGGUUUGCCAUGCAUAAAAUGCCAGGCCUGGCGUGCCUGUCUUGCCGGGAUGGCAAGUGAGGCAGAUUGUGGGCCUAUUUUUUUAGGGCUUGGGAUAGAGGACAGGCUGCCGAGCCUAUUUAAGAGCACGACGCAAGCAGUUUUCUGCGCCCAAACAGCAUGACUAAUUGAAUUCCGUUGCUCCGAAGAUUUGUCACGCUCCGCUCAGACAUUGGUCUUCCUCGUGGUUGUAUCCGUUUUGCGUGUGGCAAAUCAUUUCAACUUUGUCGACUUGAGGUUUGGCGCUUCCAUAGACCCACGCGAGGGCGACGCUAUUCGCGUCACGGGGUCGCGAUUCGGCGGCGGCUUCACAAUCAAGCACAGCAGAGAAUAUGAUAGUGAAUAGCUACCAACUCAGAGUUUCUAGGGAAACAGCAAGCCGGCACGUUUUUGCGCAGCUGUCGCGCCGCUGAAGCCAUCGGGAUGAACAUCGCGACAGCCUUGGAAGCUCCCACUCCACGUCGCACACGCGUGCGGCACUGAGUGGUAGUAUGCGAUGGCCCAUGCAUGAAAUUCAUGCGCUUCUAGUUCCAAUAAGAAAUUACUCUGACGGGGGCACCUCUUCUUUUCAUAAACCACUUUUAUUUUCAGACGUGGCUAUCACGAUGAGAAAUCUCCCCCCCCCGCGAAGGUUGGUUCUUAAGGAAAAAAGUUGCGUGCUCUGCCUUCAUGCAAAUAAGUACCAAGCAAAUUUCCACCUGUCGCGUCAUGCGGAUGUACAAAUCCUCGCAAACAUCGGUUACAUUGUAAGCGGAGGGGCUAGAAUUUUCCCUGAUGAUAAGAAAACCGGGGCCAUUAUCCUCUGCAAAAACGUCCCCACCUCCCCAGAGUUCUUAGGAUGCAAAUUUGCAAACCGGAACUGGAUUUUACAAUGCUGUCUGGGAGUUUGUGAUGCUGAAAUCAGGAUUAGCUAUUCGAUUUGUGAUGCAGCCGCUCUAGCUAGUAAACACGACUAAAAACCUACGAGCCCAAAUUUGUAAUGCGCAACAUUCAACUCUUGUUAAAUUUGUGUAGCAAAGCCCCCAUCUUGACUCGGGGUUGGGAACGUUUAUUUUCCUCAGGAUAACCCAGCUGCUACCUGUUCCUCGACGGCGAUGACCUAUCCGGAAGAAAAAUCUGGCUUCAGUUGUCAGGGAGACAUGUUGAUGAAGAACAAUAAUUUGUAUUGCUGCAUGAGGACCACAGUCAGAAUGCUAUUUUCACUCGAAGAUGUUGUGGAGAGGAUUUUUCUUCCGGAUACGAAAUCAACUUUACCAGCGCGGCGAUGCUUGCAUUUCUCGGUGCUCGACCUAACAACGCAAGCGGUGGUAAUGAUGGCACUGCACCACCACCAUCACGACUACCACCACCAGCACCACGCGGUCCAUCUGCUAAUAAUAGCGCAGCGGCACCACGACCGCAUCCACCGCCAGCACCAGUGCGCGGGCUGCCGAGCCGAGGAGCUCCGAUGGAUGGUGCAGCACAAGUAGCGAAAGUAGCAGUCCCGCAGAAGAAGAAAGAGAAACCGGAAACGCUCCUUGAUGGCGCAGCACAAGUAGCGAAAGUAGCAGUCCCGCAGAAGAAGAAAAAAGAAACGCUCCUUCCUUCCCUCUCAGAAGAAGAUGAAAGCGGAGACAGACGCAUCCCCGCUCCGGAAGCGCAGAGGCCACGGCGCUCCAAAACCACGCCAGUCCGAGGCCCCGCCGCUCCGCUUCCGAAGAGUGUCGCUCGGCCUUCCUCGAAGAAAGCUGCGGCGGCUCGCGAGGUGAAUGAUAUCAAGUGAAAAACUACUCUGCACCAGUGACAUAGAGUCCAUCUUCUAGCUCAUUGCGCCGGCUUGGAAUAGAUGCAAACUCCUUGUUAUUGUGUGAUGCGAAAAAAGAGCUGCACGCAGCGACAAAUGCGGUACAGCCAGCGAUUAUUAUCUCCAAUUCCCUGCAAGUGUGCCACCACUUGCACAUUGCCACCACUUUGCCAGAUGGAACUCGCGGUAGGUACAGGUACUAGUUGUCGGUGAUCACCCGGUAUAAACUUCUAUACAGCAGCACAGCCUCAACUGUUGAAAACUUCAGCUUUAUUUUUGAAAUAGACAGAUAAAUGAAACUCCACUAUGGCGUGACUGCGUGUAUUUUUUCACUUGAUAUCCGAACUCGAAUUCGAAACCAAGUCGGGAAAGAAAUUGUCGGGCCAGGACAUGCUCCGUACAUACACCUAUCCAGGGCAAAAUAGACGUCGCAGCCGUGUAGGAGCACAUCUGGAAGAAGCUGCCCUUCUUGCCAUGCAGAGACCAAAGCUCGCCCCUGCUCGAGGAACAGAUGUAGGACGUCUUCAUCGACCCGUCUCCUUGCAUGUAGCUAAACUGCGAGGUGGAAAAUACAAAUAAAGUUGUCAUGCUAAUUAUCUCGCCGUUGGUCAACAUGAACAAGAUGCUGUGCAACAACCUGACCCCGCCCUUUCCGCCCGCGGAAAGGGGGGGGGGGCCCCCACCCACCUUCCGGCCAGGAGACCCGAAAGCCAAGCGGCCGGGGCCGGCACGCUCGCAUUCCAGUCAGACGGCCGGGGGGCGGGGGGGGCGCGCGCAAACGAAGGGCAUAGCACCGCGCACGCGGCCUAUGUAUCGGUGCGAGUACAUUUUUUUUGGCGGCGCGCGCUUCGCGCGCGCAAGUUUCAUGCGUGAAUUGCAAGGCAGCGCCAAGGCCGGACAGCGCGCAUGCACAUGCGCCCGCCGCGACCAGAUACGGCCAAAAAGCCUAAGAACCUAGACGCCGCAAGCGCGCGCAAGACUGCAAGCGACCGGGCCCGCCCCGCUGCCGCGGCGGCCGGCAACUGCAUGCCAAGAACGAGAGCCACGCCCACGCCGCGCUUGCCCGGGCCCGGCGCGCAUUCUUCGCCCUUUUUCCCGCCCUUAAGAUGGGCCGGCCCCUGAACACAGGCCCCCACCCCCCGCAGCUUAUGAAGCAUGCUGGAAUCAAAACACGACCCCCCAGAAUACCUCUUGCGCGCGCAGCCUUCGACGUGCCCACCCAAAACCAGUAAGGAGUCCACCGGGGGCAACGUUGUGGGGGGGGGUGCUAUUUUUUCGCGCCCGAGCGGGGACUGGGGCAGGGCCCCUGCCGGCUCGGCGCCGGCCGCAUCUGGGUGCGAGCGUUGCAAGCCGGCAGCGCGGCGCCGGUCCACGACCUUUUUUGUGCCGCGCCGCCACGCCGACCCAAGCAAGGGUGGAGAAGGGCGGCGCCGAAAAAAAAAAGCGCGCCCGCCCCCGAAAGAACAGCCCUGGCCAAUGAGGCCUGCAAACUGCCCAAAGACAAAGGCGCGGGCCGCCUGGCCACAUGCCUGCCUGGCGCACGCAGGCUUCCGCCCGCGGCGCGUUCUUUCCCUUCCCCCGCCCGUGUGCGCGCCCCAUUCCCGCACCGAACGCCCGGCAGCGCUCCAUUGGCCAAGCUCGCAGCCUCCGCUCCCGCAGUCAAAUCAAUGAAUCCUGUGCAUGGUUUGGCUCCACCGCGCGGCGAAGGCGUCGGGGCAUGGCGGCGUGCCCUCCUCCCUCGCCGGCCCCACAUGACUAGGCGGCGCGCGCUUUCGCUAUCGCCGGCGACAAAAGCUAUUAGGUAGCGGGUGGGGCCCGUUUCUUCUGUCAAACGCUGGCUGCAUGCGGGCAGGUGGCGCCGCGCGGGCGGGCGCUGCCCCCGCCAUGUAGUGGCUGAGGCAGGUCAGGGAGCGGGGUUGUGCGUCCGUGUGCCCCCGUGGCCGGCAUUAUCUAGGGGCGCUCAGCCAGCCAGCCCCAGGCAAAUUCGGGCCAAUAAAAUCAGCGUAAAAAGGCAUUAAUAAAAAAGCUGCGCCGGGUUUUGUCCCAUUGGUUUUGUGUAUUGAUUGGCCAGGGGCUUGGUUUUUGGAAUUCCGGAAGGGCGCCGCGCGGCGCCCCCGGGGGGGAAAUUAAUGGAAACCGGCGGCCCUGCUUUUUUGUUCCCUAGGCCAGCGCUUGCCGCGUUUGAGUUUUGUGUCCGUGGUGAGGGUGCAGUCCUGCCAUGUGCCAUUCCGAAGCCCCCCGGCUUACCGCCGGGGAUGGGUUUCGUCGGGUUGCGUCUCGGGUGGCGCUUUCGUGGUCGUGCUUCUCGGCCCAGAGGCUGGGUUUUGCCUUUGCUUUCCCCAACGGGCCUGAGGGGGUAGGGUGUCGCCCGCCGGUACCGGGGAGCCGAGCCCGGCCAAGCCUGGCGGUCUUGGGCUGGUAGCGGGGCUCUCUUUGGCCAGCAGGGGUCGAGGUCUGUUGCAGAGGGAGCGACAGGCCUUGCGAAUCUUUUCACAAGAUCCCGCGGCCUGACCUCUGCAACAAUUUUUGCAAUAAUCUGUGCAAUAAUAUUUGCAAUAAAAUUCGCAUUAAUUUGAAAACAAGGCGAAUCGUGUGGGAUUUCGCACCCCCAACAAAUUAAUUCAAAUUUUAAUGCAAAACUAAACCAGAAAUUAAACAAAAUUUAAACCACAAAUUAAUUAACAUAAUCACGCCGGAGACCCAAACUCGGAACGCGCGAAAACUCGCAGUGUUUUGGGCGCGGGCUAAACUAACAACAACCGGGGUGGCCCGGGGCUUUUGUUUUUGGGCUUUGUUUUUGUGGCGUAUGUCUUUGUGGCGCAGCCCUUGUGGCCCCUGUGUUGUCUUGCCUUGCUUCUUUGUGGAGCUUCCCUUGGGCCCCCAGUUUGUUUUAUUUUGGCGCCGCCCCAGUGUUUUGCCUAUUUUUGACAGGGCCCCUGGGGGUCUUGGUUUGCCCUAUUUCGUUGCCGGGUCCUGUUUCCGUUUCAUGAUCGGGCGCAGAAGCCUUGGGCGCGAUGGGCCCGCAGGCAGUCGGCCCCGGUUGUCCUCGCGCGGCCGCAGCCACCGCCUGCGUUCGCCCCCGGUCUGUUUGGGCCAUGUGUCGCGUCUUCCCCCUGGCCAUUCGCGCCGGCAUUUUGGCGCAUUUCUUUGGCCCGCCUCCCGCUUUUACAUUAAUGCCUUUUCAAACCAAUUUGAAACCGGGUAGCUUGCCCGGGGUCGGCAGCCUGAGGGCGCCCGCGGGUGGCUUGGUGUGAUUUGGUUUGCGUGGCGCCUCAUGCGGAGCAUGCAUGCAAAGUUAAAGUAACAGAGUGGGGCUCCGGCGCCACGAGCUAGCUGGCCUUCGCAGGCAGGGGGCUUUCCUCUGCAGCCCGUGACUUUGCCUGGCGCCUGCGCCUGCCCAGGAGGAAGGGAUGGAAAGCAACGGGGCCGGCCUGUUUGCAGCGCCUUCCCCCCUUCACACACGCAACCACGCACAAGCGUGCCCGCCACGCCGUUAGGCGAUGUCUGUGCUGCGCGCAUUGGUUGGCCACAGGCAGGGCGAGCCCCAAAGAAAGCCGUGGUCGCGCAGCGUGUAGUCGCGGGAAAACGCGCCGACGCCCGGCCACGGGCCGCUUGUCGAUAAAUGGAAAAAAUGGCAAGAGCCGGACGCCCGCCGCGCAUGCAAACAAUUCAAGAGGUGUCUUCUUAUGGCGGGAUCGGUAAUACCGUGCGCGCGCGCAGCGCGCGCGCGCGAUUUUUUUUUAUGCCGAUGACGAUUGCGGAAAGGGGGGGAGGGAGGGGGUGCCACCCGCCUGGAGGGGCGUCUACCCCCCUUUCCGCGGGCGGAAAGGGGUCAGGUUGUUGCACAACAUCCAAAAAUAUCCAUGUAUUCUUGGUUUAUUAGGUCCGCAGUAUCAAUUGCAAAAGUUUCGCAUUCGUAGUGAUUGCGGAUAUGCAUGACAAAUCGCUGUCCUGCGCUACAACAGCAUCACAAAUUUCCUCUGGGUCUGGCAUGAUAAGCUAAAUUAUUUGUGCAUGCAAUUACUACUGGUACGAUAGUACUUCUGUAAUGCAUACGCAGCUGCGGCCGUCUGUUGCUACUGGAUAGAAACCGAAAGGAAGACAACCGCAAGAGUAAGGACAUCAUCCUCCUCAGUAUCCUGUGGAAUAAAGCACUUCCCACGCCAUCUUGUCACGAAAACCUGCAUGUGCAAAAGUAAAGUUACCAUCUGCAUCAAACCCCACCGGAAGUGUGUAGUUUUGAAAGGGUUUACAUGAAAAUCGGGGUUCUUCAUAAUCGAAUGUGACGAACAACGUGAAGGUGGCUUACUGUAGAUACAAUAUGUGAGAUAGCCCUGGCAACCGAUUGGUGGAGCUUCCAAACUUGUAAUGCACAAUUCCGCAAAUUUGCAUUCAUUUGUAUUGCAGAAUCUCACUCUACUCGAGGUUUUGGACUCCUGCAAGAUGGGGUGGAGCCGUCUUGUUUCCACAGGAUACCUCAGCUUCCGCAGGGCAACCACAAGGAUAAAACCACGAAAAAACAGCGGAUAUCCAACAGAAACAGAAGUGUCAUCUCGGUGUGAAUCUGUAAUGCAGAACACGCAACAACUACAGGAGACGGAGAACGAUACGUUUGUCGUGCUUAAGUACUUAUACCUAUCGAAGCAGCCUCUUUCGUUCCCAAAUACGAUGUCGCGCACUAGCCUAGUGCGCGAAAUCAGAUAUGGAAAGACGAGGAACAGCCGAAGAUAGGCUCUUGUAAAUAAACUAAGUAUUGUAAUGCUGUUCGCCGUUCGCGUUCUACUUGUAAACCGGGAAAAUUACUCAUGCGCAUGCCAAAACACAACUUCUUCCUCUUUUGGAUAAGAGGAGGCCGCGGCGCGGAACGGCAGGGCCUGGCGGGAACUGGUCGACAAGGCGCGGGUUGCGGGUGGAGAGGUCCUGUUGCGAUUAAAGCGGCUGUUCGCGUCGGGCGGCGACAAAUCCAUAUCCCUCGCGCAGUUGCGAUCGAACCGGGCGGCGACAUACCAGGCCCCGCGAAAAAACAGCAAGAACAAGAUCGAGCACGCCAACUGCGUCUUCAGGCGGAGGGUUAUGGGAAUGCCAGGAUUGAAAUCGACAAAGCUGAAGUGAUUUGCCGUGCAUAAAAUGGACGAGCCAGGCGGAAGCCAACUUAUCAAGCUGCGCAUGACAGAUUUUCCGAGCGCCGGAAUCCAAUUUGUCAUGCUGUUUGGGCACAGAAGACUGCGUUUGUCAUGCUACAUUAGCAGCUCUAUUUCAAACCCUAAACAGGCUCAGAAUGAUCGGCCCUACUUGCCAUCCCGGCAAGACCUGCACUUGCACUUCAUGCCUUGCAUUUUAUGCAUGACAAAUCGUUUCAACUUUGUCGAUUUCAAACCUGGCGCUUCCAUAAAGGUGUUGCAGACCCACCGGUUGUUCCCGCGGGCGGCGGGCGAUACCACUCCGGCAGCGGAGGCCUACGACGCCGAGAAGGAGUCCGAAGACUCCCGCGCAGCUACUCCGUCGGUGGAAGCGGCGGCGCCAAACGCAAGGGGGGUCGAGCUCGCGGGCGCAGCGGUAGAUGCAGAGCUAUCAAGUGCGAACGUGCUGGGGAACUACAGAAGCAAGGCCCCGGCGCCGCGUUUCUAGCGUUCGAUCAAAUAGUUUGAGCACCACUAGAAAGAAACCAGUAUUCCCGUAUCUAAACUUCUCUCAUGCAAACCAUGGCGCAGCGUGUGUGUUGGUCAUGCUUGCCAGGGUAGUAGGAUAGUAAUCUUUUUCGAAAUAUUUUCUAGGAAGCACACAUGAUGUGUGCGCGCGGUUGUGCUGCCCUCCGGAUUUUUCCGGUCGCGUUUCCACCGCCUCCUCCGGAUCCUCACGCACUGUCACAAAUGCAAAAGUGUUGAUGUCGCUUUCCAGAAGAAAAAUGUGAAAAGUGCCUAUUGCAAAACUGGGUAGUACCCAAGUCACGUCUUUCGCCACUUGAUAACCGGAAGUAGACGAUGUUGCCGCCGACAGCCAGGAGGAGGGCUACUACGAAGGGGACGUGGAGGACGGGGACAUGAUGGACGUGGAGGGAAACCUGGACGACGUGGAGGAGGGCUACUACGAAGAGGAAAACGUGCUCAGCGAUGAAAACGACCUGGACGACGUGGAGGAGGGCCACGAAGAGGAAAACGCGUUCGGCGCUGAACUCGAGGAAGACGAGCGUAUCUAUUGCAAAACCGUCCUGAUCCCUAGAUUUGUCAUGCAAGUUUGCAUGCAGCCUCGGAAGUUUGUCAUGCGCAGCUCGAUGAUGGCGAGCAUUUUCUGAUGUUCCUUCGGAAUUUGUCAUGCUGUCAUCAGGAUGAGAUCUUGCUUCUUCACGAAUUCUUUUCUUGGAUUACACUAUGAAGAGUCCAAGUCUGUCUUGUGCAACGGCCAUAGCUUGUUGAUUUGUGUAGCAGCUACGUUACUUACCAUCUUGAUGACAAUAACAACGAAAAAGUAGUUACCAUCUUGACAAUUCGGUGCGGACGUUUUUACUGAGGAUAGAGCAGGAGGAGGCGGAACUCGGUUACGAAGCUGAAGUCGAGGAGGAACAGGACGACGAAGUGGAGGCUCCUUUCCAUGCAGCUCCGAUAAAGAAAGAGUUCUCGGAGGAGUUCUCUACAUAAAGAAGUAGACCGCCAAGUAAUAGAGGACUUUGCUUUUUCAUAUAUUGCGAUAAAAAGCAAACAUCAUGACGUAGAGCGUGAUCCCAAAACCUUUCGAUCUUCAAAACUCGCAUUUGUGUUGCUGAUUCUGCUUCUGACAGAAGUGCCGUGCUGCAGCAUCUCACUUUCGUAAAAACGCAAGAAUCUUCUGUCUGCGAUUCAUAGCAGAAAAUGAAGAAUAUUUUAUCUCCCUACAAAUAAACAGAACUUUUGAGAAGGAGAAAGACACGGUAGUAUGACGACACAAGAGCGGGGCGGGCUGUGGUGUGCCAAACCGGCACGCUAUGGCACGUCCGAAAUCACUUUGCGGAGGUGAAACAUCGAAGAAAUUAUAAUUAAUCAGUACCAAUUACAUUACUAAGGGGUCCCAGCCCGCACAGGAACAGCAAGCUUCUUGUGCGCGUCUCUGCUGAGUAGCUGUGGUCUAGUAGUAGUACGUAGUUUUUCUGCUGGCUUGGAAAAAGAAAAGCCCUCGUAUGUUGGCCAUUCUUUCCGCAGGAAGGAGAUCGGUCUUUUACGAUAAGGUAGGAAAGGUGGAGCCAUAGAACAACUACUAAGUAAGGUCUGAUGUUGCUGGAAACACCGAUUAGAGAUAGCACCUCCCCCAGGUGCAGUCUUACGAGUUCACUACUACUACUCUGUAAAAGAAUAUAGUUCCUUUUUCGUCACCCCGCCCAAGACGUGGUGCUGCUUCGUAAUUGUUUUCAAACUGGAAAACACGACUGAAAUAUAGUUCCCUUUUGGCAAGAAUAAGACACUCAAUUGCCAUUUUGGCAAAAAUAAAGCUGCCACUUUGGCAAAAAGUCUACGACUGUAUUAUAAUGCCCUUUUGGCAACAAGACAGUCAACUGCCAUUUUGGCAAAAAUAAAUCUGCCAUUUUGGCAAAAAGUGUACGACUGAAUUAGAGUGCCCUUUUGGCAACAAGUAGACACGCACCUGCCAUAAUUUUGGCAAAAAUAAAGCUGCCACUUUGGCAAAAAGUAUACGACAGAAUUAUAGUGCCCUUUUGGCAACAAGACACUCACCUGCCAUUUUGGCAAAAUAAAAUAAAGCUGCCACUUUGGCAAAAAAUAUCGCGGUCGCCAUUUUGGCAGAAAGAAAAAGGUCCAGAGAGGAAGACGCCCUUUUGGCUGUCCUUUCGCAAACACAACGAGAAUAAACGAAAACAAACUUUUCGAAUAAGUGCCCUUGUGGCAAAUGAACGAAAAUCUGAAUCGGUUCAAAGCGAUGAAAAUAAAGGGAUAUGGCUUUGUUUGGAACUGUCUAAACUGAGAACGGAACUUUUUCGCGACUCUUGGAUCCUUCCCCGCCUGUUCUCGUGUUUUUUCAAAAAAAAGAGGCGAGACUGAGAACGGAACUCGAAGCCGUGAAACAAGUGCGGAAACGGAAACGGAGAAAAAUCCGAGAAGCCCCGGCCGGCCAGCGCACAGGCGGCCGAGCCAUCUCGGCUGUCUGCUAGAAGCGUGGCGACCUUCGAAGCAAAGCAAAUCCCUGAGCGGGGGAGGCCUAAGCCCCGUGGUGCCCCUCUCUUGCGCGCCCUCCUGUCGCUGCGCGGCGUUUUUCUUGAUGUUGUUUCUAUAGCCAAGCAGAGUCACCUUCAGCAAACGGGCCGAGCUUGCGCGCUCAGCCGGAUGCUUGGGCGGGGAUGCCAGAGAAGGUCGCCCGCCCGCGAAGUUAG